UAAGUCAUCCAAUGAAUACUAAACAAAAAAAACUAAACACGCUUAGAUCAUAUACUAUAUAUUUACUAUAUGAUCUAAGUAAACACGUUUAGAAUUUGUGCUUCACAAACUCCUAAAAUUACAAGCAAUGCAAGCACAGAAGAAGCUAGUGAGUAGAUACAAUAUUUUUUAUAUUGUAAAAGCAUGUUGGUAACAUCUGCGUUUUUAUUAUCUUUUAUCUUACGUCGGAUACAAAUUUACGAUUAAAAUUUAAAAAACAUUUUAAGUUAAAAUUUAAAACUAAAAUUAUAAAAAGCUGAACCUUCUAGCACAAUAGUACAAAUAUAUAAUUUGAUUUCUGCGAGUAUAUAGCCGCUGCGUUUUAUAUAUCAAUAUUUAACAUGGCACAACAUAUGAACGCUGCUGUGGACGAAGACGCCGCGCUGUUGCAAUUUCCCAAAGAAUUUGAAAACGCUGAAACCUUACUUAUUUCCGAAGUUAAUAUGUUGUUGAAAUUUCGCAAGAACCAAAAUGAAAGUGCUGAAGAAGAACAAGAAUUUUCGGAAGUAUUUAACAAAACAUUGACAUAUACAGAACAAUGUUCCAAGUUCAAAAACAAAGAAACCAUUGUCGCUGUAAGGAAUUUACUUGCCGGAAAAAAAUUGCACAAAUUUGAACUGGCAUCAAUUGGUAACUUAUGUCCUCAACUUGCUGAUGAAGCCAAAUCACUUAUACCCAGUUUAGAAGGCAGAUUUGACGAUGAUGAAUUACAACAAAUUCUAGAUGAUAUACAAGCUAAAUUAAGUAUUCAGUACUAAUUAAAUUUUACCAAAAAAAAAAAAAAAAUGAACUAUUUCUUUAAUUUUGUGUAAUUUUUAAAUAAUUUUCUUGAUAAUUAAAAAUAUUUAUGUAUUUCCAAUAAUCGAAAAAUUGUCUAGCAUUAUCAUAAUUAAUAACUACUAUUUUAUGCAUAUAAUUUAUUAUAUUAUAACUGUAGUUAAUUUUAUAACUCAGUAAAAUAUCUAAAUAUUAUUUUUAACUUUUUGUAUAUGUCAUAACUUAUAAUUGUAUAGUAAUUAGUUUUGAUAAGAAUUACUACAUAAUGUGUUUCAUCUUGAAAACUGUCUAAAUGUUAAAUGGUAACACAUAUAAUGUAAAAUAAAUUAUCAUUCAAUGAUUGUUAA